ACGCUGACUACAACUCUUUUUGUGAGAUGAUGGCAACCGCUUUACCCAUCCCCUUGAGAGUGCCUGCCAGAACUUACCCAGCAUUCUGCAGCUGGAUUACAGAGGACCAAAGGUACCGCCGCUGGAGGGAUAAGGAAGAUCAUCUCAUAUUGUAUCUACGCGGCACUUCGGGCAUGGGACAGUCUACUAUCUGCUAGUUUUUGAUGCGGACCAUGCGAGCCACUGGGACGACGGUGCUGUCUUUCUUCUGCAACAGGCUGGACGAUUGUCGGAAAUCGGGGAAGCAUAUCCUUCUUUCGAUGAUUGGCCAGCUUUUGUUUCACGAGCCGCAACUCUAUUGCCACAUUCAUGAACUGAAACAGUCACUGUCAAGAAGAGUCUCAUUGUGGAGCGAAGAAGACGUUUGGAGUCUGUUUGGAGCCAUCGUUUCGAGGCCAACGCACCGAAAGCUGGUAUGCCUUGUUGAUGCCCUUGGCGAAUGCGGUGAUAGGAUAUCUAGAUGGCUUAUGGGGCAGUUCGUCUCACUCCAAGAGGAAACAGAUUUCCCACUAAGGCUCAUUGUCAGCGGUGAUGCGAAAUUCUCCGACAUUGUGCUAGAAAAACUUCAGGAGAAUAUGGUGGUGAUCGACCUUGACAGCAGGGGCGAUGGGCGGACUAAAGUUUUGGAGUCGGUUACGGCUGCAUGGAUAUCGGAUCUAGUUCGGAAAUCAGAUGCUUAUACCGGGCUCGAGGAUUUCCUUUUGGGUCACUAUCGACUUCGUUGGACCGAUACGACAACAUUCCUCGCGAUCAGACUUUCCUUAGAGCUUCUUGUUCCCCCGAUAACCGGAGCUACCAUGCAUUCGCUGGGUGAAGAGGUACGCAGUUUAGAUAUGGACCUGCCACUGAUCUACGCAAGAUUGCUGGAGAAUGUUUCCCUGAAUGAUCGAUCGUGGGCGCUAAAAGUGCUACACUGGACCUGCCAUACGUUCCGCCCGUUGACGAUCAAUGAAUUCUCCGUUGCACUGUCAAUCCAUAUCGACAACAACCCUACGCAUUCGCUUUUGGCCGACGGAAGUAUCCCGCUGGAUAUAAUAAGCGAUAUCGCCCGCGUGUUCGGCCCGCUUAUCAUCACUGUGAGGGAUGAACUACACCUCGUUCACCCAUCUUUCAAAGAUUUCCUUGUCCGGAAGAGAAAAGGGAACGAGGGAUGUGAUGCAUGGUACAGCUUUGAAAAUGCCGACUAUCUCCACAGUUACAUUUUUGAUAUUUGCCUUGAAUACCUCUCCGCCGACCCAACAUCGCAGGUAGCCCUCCAAGGCGAACAGUUACUGGAGGAUUACGUACAGCUUUUAUCACUGGCACCACUCCUCGUGGACCAAAAGAAACAUAGCCUCCUGCUCUAUGCAUUCCAAUACUGGCCGAAGCACUAUCGGCGGUCUGCGGAUCUGCAACGAGCACCCUCUAGCUAUAGCAAAGUUCUUGAUUUCUUGAGCACCGAAAAGAUUGCAAGGCCGUGGUACAACGUGUACGGGAUCCUGAGCGGCGACACGACAGUCCCAUACUCGUACAACCCGGUAUCAGUUGCGGCGAGGUUGGGUCUUCCAAAAAUCGUCGAGGAAUUGUCGGACAGGACAGGCUCUAAACUGUCAGCAUCCGAGAGACAGGAACCAUUGGAUGUGGCCGCUAUGUACGGCCAUCACACUAUCGUCCGAGAGCUUCUGUGUUCUGAUAUACGGCUCUCAAAAGCGUUGAAAUCAGCCUCCGGAAUGGGUCAUCCACUUGUGGUUAAGGAACUUCUGGAUGCGGCAAAGGGGCAUGGAUUGGAAGUCGCUCAGCUCUCUGUCGAACGCGCCUUCUUUGCUGCGGUAGCAAACGGGCACGCUGAGGUCGUUAAGUUGCUUUUGCAAUCACAGGACGGCACUUUGGCCAGCAAGACCCACGAUGACUGGACACCUUUGCAGCACGCGGCACAGAAUGGCAGGGACCAUGUGGUCAGCGUGCUCCUCGACCAUCGACAGAGAUCCAAGACCAGCACCGGAGAAGGAGACAAGGAAAUACUUGCCGCGAAAAGAGGUCGAGGUGAAGGACUGGAAGAUUCCGGCUGGGGUAGUGGGGCGGAAGUCAGUGAUCUGGACGCGACUGACAAGAGUCCCUUGCACCUGGCAGCGAAUGAGAUGGCAACAAAUGCACUCCGCUUCACAUUGCUGCCAAGAAAGGACAUGUUGCGGUCGUCAAGUAUAUUCUCGGUCUUGAGGAAAGGGUCAAGUAUCUUCUCGGUCCUGAAGAAAGUUAUGCAACCUUGACCGAGGAACAAGGUCGCCAGCCUCUCCACCUUGCCGCCGAGUUUGGCCACACGGCCGUUGUGGAUGCACUUCUCGCCCAUUCACCGAAAAUAGACGUCAACGUCACAGAUGAUAAAUACUACAGUCCUCUGCACUUGGCGGCAAUGAAUGGCAACCCCGACGUCGUUCUCAGGCUGAUACAGGCAUAUGCGGAAGUUGAUGAACUCGGCGGCAGUCAUGAAGAAUCACCACAUCUGACUAUUAACGGUGGACACCUCGAAAUCAUCGAAAUACUCCUAUCCUACGGUGCCUCUUUAGAGAAGAAGUCGGGAAGCGGGGCCGAAUGGAGAGCCCUUC